AUGACCACAAAGGUUAUUACAAUCACAAAGGUUAUUACGACCACAAAGGUUAUUACAAUCACAAAGGUUAUUACGACCACAAAGGUUAUUACGACCACAAAGGUUAUUACAAUCACAAAGGUUAUUACAAUCACAAAGGUUAUUACGACCACAAAGAUUAAAACAAUUUUUGAAGCUUUAUUAAGUAUUAUCAAUCUAGGAAUUCAAUCGGAGGAAUUAUCCAAAGAUCCUUCGUCAUUAUCAUUGUCUUUUUCUUCUACGCUAGAAUUACAGUACAAUCAAUAUUUAAAUAAUUUGAUUUCUCAAUUAUUGUUGAUGGAUAAGUAUCGUAAGGUUAAAUACUCAUUAUUGAAUCUGAUAUUGCCAAGAAUUAGAACUAAUUUGAUACUUGAGAUGCAAAAUGAUUUUAUCGAUAAAACUUUACAAGUUUUAAAUAACCUUGUUAUUGCACCUAAAGCUGCAAAUUUAUUAAUUGGUUUUUUAAAACAAAGGCUAGAAGAAGAUUAUUACAAUGAGGAAAAUAAUUUGAGGAGUAAUAGUAAUGAUAUUGUAGUAAUAGAUGCAGUGGCAGCAAGUGAAGAAAAAGAGAAAAUAAUUGUAAAUUGGAUGAACUUAUGGAUGAAGCCUUUAUGUUUAAAUCUUACAACAAAAAAUAAUGAAAUAUUAAGGAAAAUCAUUGGAGAGAUUUUAUUGAAGCCAUUAUUUAAGAUUGAUUCUCUGAUAUUCUGGAAGAUUCUUGAAAGAUUUCAAGAUGAAAAAUCAGUCAAUAAUAUGGAGCUUAUUAGAGAUGAAGAGUAUAAAUUGAACUCUUUAAUUUUAAUUAUAAAAAUCGGCAAAUCUUUGGAUUUUAUUGAUGGAAAUAAAUUAUUUCUUGAAGAUCUUUCUCCGUCUACCCACAAUAUGGAUGUUCCAAAUGUCAAUCAUAAAAAAGCUACAGUUUAUAUUAUUGAUGUUUCCCCUACUAUGUGGCAUGUUAAACGUGAUGAUGGUCGAACUGCUUUAGAGUUGGCUAAACAAGCUCUUUUGAGAUUGUUAGAAGCUAAGGCACAUGUUAUGGCAGGUUUAAAGUCAGAUUUGACUAGUUUAAUAGUCUGUGGAGCUGAUGAAACUGAUAAUGACUUAUAUAAUGGAUCGGAAGCUUAUAAAAAUAUAUCUGUACUCUAUCCUAUAUCACAACCUUUAAUAUCUAUUCUUAGAACUGUAAAUGAUAAAUUAACCAGGGGAAAUGUGCAGGCAGAUGCAUUAAAUGCAAUUACACUUGCAUCAAAUAUGAUAAACCAACAUUGCAGACAAUUAAAAUACACGAAAAAGAUUUAUCUUUUAACUGAUGGUGAAUCUCCAAUGAGUGAUACUGAAAUUGAUAAUGUUCAUAAUGAAGAAAUUCUCCAAAAACUUUGUGAGGCAUCUAAUGGAACAUUGUUUACAUUACCAGAAGCGUUAUCUCAAUUAUCCAAACCACAUAUUAGACAAGUAAAAUUUGUGGCAUCAUACCGCGGUCAAUUAACUUUAAACGAUCCUUCGAUGCAUCCUGAACGUUCUCUUGCUAUCGAAGUGGAAGCUUACACAAAAACGAUGAAAUCAACUCGUUUAACUGCAAAAAAAUACUCAACUUUUGCUGAAUCAGCAACAAAUCAGGACGGGAAAACAUGCGAAGUAAACAUGUCUAGAACAUUUUCUAUAACUGUUAACGAGGAUGGAAAAACUGAGAUCAUUGAUGUGUCCAAAGAAGAGUUAGAUAAGGCAUAUUUGUUAGGAAAAACUUUUAUUCCUGUCACUAAUAUUGAAGAAGGUGUUCUAAGUUUGAAUACUACUCAAUCAUUUUCUAUACUUGGUUUUAUUAGAUCAAAUCAGUUUAAAAGAGAAUAUCUUCUUGAUAAAGUUUACACAAUAGUCCCACCAAAAAAUAAUUAUUUGGCAGCAAAUUAUCUCUCUGCUCUGAUUCAUGGAUUAUAUGAGAAAGAAACUUAUGCUUUAGUUAGAUAUGUACGAAGAAAUUUUGAAGCUCCAAAAUUAGGUGUGUUAGCUCCUCAUAUCACACCAAAAAAAGAAUGUUUAUACUUUUCCUUUAUCCCUUUCAAAGAAGAUCGUAAAUACAUUGAACUUCCUUCUUUGGAACGUAUAUUUACAACAAGUGGGAGAAGAGUUGACACACAUCCUAAUUUACCAAGUGUUGAAGUAUUGGAUAAAAUGGAAAUUUUUAUUAAAGGAAUGGAUCUUAUGGAGGCUGCAGUAGACAAUAACGGAAAUCCUAAAGAACAUUUAAAAUUAAAAGAAUGUUAUAAUCCGACUCUCUAUGCUCUAAAAAAAGCAAUUGCACAUAAAGCAUUAAAUCCAGACACUCCAAUACCUGCAUUAGAUUCAGAAAUUAUUUCACAAACAAAGUUGUUACCAACAUUAGCAGAAAAAAAUAAAGUUGUUGUUGAAGAAUUAAAAAAACUUCUUAAUGUUAAAAAAGCCAAAGAAAAAGGAAAAACUGCUAAGCGUAGAUUUGCCGAGGCCAAUAAGCCUGCAGAAGCAGAGAUUCCUAUAAGUGAAUUAUUAAGUGCUAGUAGUGAAGAACAAACAGUUGAAAAAAGAGCCAGAGCUGAAAUUGAUGUAGAUUCUUUAUUAAAAGAUAAAAAUGCUGUCACUCGAGAAGUUGGUGCAACAGAUCCAAUAUCUGAUUUUAAUAAUAUGAUUUCAUAUAGAGAGGAAGAUUUAGUCACUAUUUCGCAAAUGGCCAAAAUCAUAUUGGAUUUAGUUAAAAUUUCAUUUUGGGACUCUCAUUAUCCAAAGGCAUUAGAAUGUUUAAAACUCUUACGUACGGUUGCUUCACGGGAAAAUGAAGUUGAAAGCUAUAAUAACUUUCUUAGAGAAUUAAAAAACUUGUGCGUUCAAUAUUCACCACCAAAAACAGAUUUUUGGACGUUGGUUGUGAGAGAUCAUUUGACCUUGAUUAGUUCUGAAGAAGCUAUGGAUUCUACUGUUUCUAAAUCAGAAGCAGAAGAGUUUUUAUCAUUAUCAACAGCAGCAGAAUCACAACCUCCAGCAGAUGAUGAAGAAGGGAUAGAGUCAUUGCUCCGAAUGUUGGAUGAUUAA